AUGAGAGCACGGAUCAAAACUUCCUCUCCUCCAGUCGGUUCGUUCUUUCUUGGGAUUCUUGCUUAUGAUACGGGAUAGGGAUCCAGAAGUUUGGUUAAAUUCCAGAAAGUACAGAAGUUGGCCAAAGACAACUCUACAGAAUUUUUGCAAUGGGCAGUGCCUAGGCCAGCAAAUUCCAAAAAAGCUUCAUGUAUUCUGCAAAACAGUGCUUUGCAUUUUGCACAGAAGUACCUUUGCACUUUUUUUCGUCUGUACAUAGGCACUGCAUUUUGCACGAUUUCAGUAGUAGACUAAGCUUAAAAUUUAAAAAGCUUUCGAACAGUAACCCUGAAAUGAGAAGUGGGCCUAAAACCUGGGUGGUAUGAAAAAAAGACCAGCGAAAAUUUCAAACGGCGACUUUUCCCAUUUUUUCAUAUCGCUAGGGAACUUUCCGACGGCCAUUUUCCAACUUUUUUUCUCGAUAAAAUCUUAGUUUUAAAUCUUCCUAUAUAAAGUAGGUAGUUGGUUCAUGAUUAGAACACAAAGAAAUAGAAAAAAAAAUGUUUAUAGAUGUUUUAUAAACCGAAAAACAUAAGGGAAAAAUGUCGGAAAGGUGGCCGUCGGAAAGUUCCCUAGCGAUACGAAAAAUCGAAAAAGUCGCCGUUUGAAUUUUCGCUGGUGUUUUUUCCUUACCACCAAAACCUGAGCAACGCUGGAAAUUAUUCAGUGGAAAGUGAUAAAAUUUCAAUCAAGUGCUAAUAAUAUUCUUUAAGGAUUAGAUUCCAACGUUUUUCAAGUUUUUCUUUUCAAUUUUCAAGACAAAACUUGUUUCAGAAGCGGCUAUCUUUUUGUUGUUCGCUAUUUUCCUGACCAGCCAAACAACCGCUCAAGAAUGUUUUUUCUUUUUUGCUUUUUUCCUCUAGUAUCGUUCUUUCAGCGUGCUGCGUUACGCCUAUUUUUGGCUUUGGGAAGGAUAGUUUUGAUGGCGGGUGCACGAAGUGCAUAAAAGGAGAAUUCAUCGUCAAACAACAGACUUAUGUAGCAGGCACUGCUCUAGGGGUAUCAGCAUAUUUGCUUUCUGCCUCUCGCAUAGUUUUGGAAGACAAUGUGGGAAUUGCGAUUUUCGAAAAGUUGCAUACUUUAUAUUUCAACGCCACCGACUUCAAAUCCUUUCCAGGUUUUUACUAUUUGGUAUCAUCGCUGUAGUAUUUUUGAACUAAAAAGUGAGUUCACGAGCGUGUGAUUCUGAAAAGUAAAUCUCGGUAAUGUAUAAGGUGUUUACGCGCCUAUGAAAACAGGAUACAAAAGUUCUCAUAUAGUCUGUGGGCCACGACUUGAAGUUUCACCAAACGACAUUCCGCUGUUCCGCCCUUUGUGAGCCUUGGUCGUGCUUCUAAUUUUUUUUUCUUACAUCAAGGUACUCUACUUUCCACAGCAACAACAAACAAUUGAAAGCGUAAACCUAGAUUCGAAAGACGCUUCGCGAACGCACGCAGCGGAACAGCGGAAUGUCGUUCAGUAAAAUUUCAAGUCGUGGCACUCAGAUUAUACUACGUAUUAAUAUGCUUUUUGUUCAUUUCUCUCAAAUUCCCAAUGUCAUUCUUGAAGCAUGAAAAGACAUUUUCAGAGCCGUUGAUUCGUGUCCGAAGAUCCGAAGUUGCUGACAAUGCGUUCAGUCAGCUAAAAAACAUAACCAUCUUCCCAAUGGAUCCUUAUUGUCAGAAGGGGACAUUUCUGGAUAUAGACAACAUGAAACAGAAACCUUGGGAUCAUUUGAGAAAGUUGGAAAAGGUUAAACAUGUAGAAAAAAAAGCUACGAUUUUCAUUUGAAAUAAAACACACUUUUUCAGGAUUUGCUGGCAUCGUGCCCUAAACCAACCACGCAGGCCCCAACUCCGGCUCCAGCUCCAAAUGUGCCACCGAGUUCCGCACCAAGUUCGCCACAAAGCUCCGGACCACUUUCCAAGCCGAUUUCGACGCAAAGUUCGUCUUGCCCACCAGUGCCUGAGUGCCCAUCAAUUCCAUCGGCUGAAAAAGCUUCUG